UAACGGCAGUUGCAUUUCCCGCCGGUUUUGCAGGCAGAAGGUAUAACAAGCUGGGCCGGUUUACAUAUGCUGCCAUAAGGUUUUUUUCUACCGUGCAUUCGUCCACUAAUAGCGCUACACACCAGUAUACCUGCAGUAUGAAAAAAACGGCUAGUGCUACUGUAGUAUAGCGCCUAUAUCGCACCUGCAGCAACCUGUGCAUCAUGGUUUCGCGUACUGUGCAACACUAUAGCGGCCAGUACUCAUUCGUUGUGCGAACUUCCUGACUGGAAGUUGAUUUAUAGGUUAUGUUUAUAACAUAGCGCGUCAUUCUGUGGUGGCGUCCAUUGUAUUUAAAAAAAACGACGUUUGAACGAAACAGCUAUCGGCAUCAUUUACUAAGAGUUCUGAUGAUGAAAUAUCCUUGGAAUCUGAGUACUUUUAACGUAUCAUAGAAUCGCGUAAUUCAUGGACUAAUUAACGUUAGUACCAUGUGAAAUUUGAAAUUAUCACUGCAAAAAUUAGCGUACACGCUACAAUUUCAUGAGUUAUGUACCUAUGUAUGUAGUGGGCGUUGUAGAUGAUAGUAUCAGCGAUCAGAUUCUGUAGUUUGUAGCCUUUCUUUACAAGAGUAAUUUCGUUGCGUUCAGAUUUAAAAUGGCAGAAGAUCCUACAAGUGACACAUGUAAUGCUAGUCAAAAUAGAUCACGUUUUUUUGAUCAAACAAUUGUGAAAUCCACAAUGGAAGAUAUAAUGAAGUCAGUAAAUGAGUGCAAUACAAUUAGGUAUGCCUCAUAUAGGACUGCAUCAAAAAUGCAACUUUUUCAUAAAGUUUUAAACAUGCACUAUGUUCAAAUAGAACUUGUGGCUGGAAUAUUUGAAAGACACAGAUUAUCAGUAACAGAAAAUUCUGUUAACUUGGAUAUUAAUGAAAUUGAAGAUGUAUUGUCAGAUAUUUAUUUUGCAGCCCAAAAAGAAAAUAAUGUUAAUUUUGAUGUUGAACAAUCUACAAAGCUAGCUUUAAGUUACAUUUUUAAAACCUUCAACAAAAAAAUAGAUGAUAAUAUUUCAGUGUUGUCUGUAAAGGUAGCUUUAACUUUAAUAUGUUGUGGCAGAUUGGAAGAAAAAUAUGGUUAUUUAUUUCAUCAAUUAGCUGAUCAUAAUGCAUGUCUAACCAAGGCUGCUCUAAGCACAUUGUUAACAAAUAUUUGUAAAAUAACUGAAAUGUUAGGAGAAAAUGUUGCUUAUGGAAAGCAUUUGAUACAAACAAGCAUUGGCAAUUGUUUCAGUGUAUCUCAAGGAUGUCUUGGAGUGACUGAAGCUGAAUUUGCUGCUUGGCUUAUGCAAGAGCCUCCUUUAUUAAUGUGGAUUACAACUCUAAAUCGUAUGAAAUCGGGAGAACAAAUUACGCAUAAUAUUAAAUGUUCUUCGUGUAAAAUAACGUCGAUAAAAGGACCAAAAUAUUCUUGUUUGAAAUGUACAAAUUACAAUCAAUGUCAAGCAUGUUUUUUGUAUGGUAAGAUAUCGGCAAAACAUAAAUUAAAACAUCCAGUUCGAGAGUAUUGCAUGAAGACAAAUAAUAAGGAAAUAACAAAACUUCUAAUUGAACUUUUACGCAAUAAACUUAGAUUAUGUCCCGCAAGAAAUAUAAAUAAUUCUUUGGAUGAUUCGUCUUUAACAACUAAGCUUGAACAAACGAAACAUUUAGAUACAAUAUCUGUAAGAAGUACAAUCAAAAGACGAAUUUUAAAUGACCCUCAAAAAGAAUUACAAAGUAUUAUAAGUCAUCUUGAAGAAGAAAAUAAACAUUUGCAAAUAGAAUUAAGACAAAUUAGUGAUAGUAAGGUUGAAAAAUUACAACAGCACAGAGUUGUCAUUGAAUCUCAACUAGACCGGUUAAAAAUUUUAAAAAAUUACUUAUUUACGCAAGGAUCCCAAGGAUCUCGCGAUGUCAAUGUUAUUCAAAGUACACCCAUGGUACGUCCUGGUGUUUCUCGAAUAUCAGCUUUACCAAUGGCAUUUCAACUAAGUCCAAUUAUUCAUCAAAAUAGUCAAGAUUAUAAGAAUUCAAACACUUUAGAUAUUAGUGAAACGACUGAUGCCAAAAAUAAUACUACAAAUAAAACGAGUGUUGAAAGAUUGUUUUCAACUGAUAAUUUCAGUAUACCUACAAGUACUCAGAUUGAACUGAGUACAUGGAUAGGAGGCCAUAAAACUCAUUUUACGUCACGUGAAAGUGAAUUUUCUGAAUGGUUAAAUGCACGAGAUAGUUUGUGUAAAAAUAAAGAAAAAAAUAAUGACUAUGAGAAUGUUGAAGUGGAUAAUUCUACUUAUUCCACUUAUUCAUCAAUAAGUAGAGAUAAUGUGCUACCCUCUUUGCGGCGCACUGAUAAGCAUUCAGAGCACAGUAGUCUACAAAAUAUUCAAGGCGAUUUGAAUGAUAUCUUAGAUAGAUUACAAAAUAUGGUAGCUAACGACUGUUUGCUAGAAGAUACAUUUAGUGCUGAUAACAAUUGUGAACUCAAACGAGCGGCUACAGAAAUGGAAGAUUUGUUAACUGGUUUGAUAGAGGGCAUGGAAUCUCGUAAAGGAAAAUUGACCACGAUCGUGUAAAAAGUGUUGGUGGUUUUUU